AUGUGGUCGCACAUCGGUGCGGCCGACGCGCAUAACAGAGAGCAGCUGCACCUGCGCGCCUUGCAACUGGAUGACCGAAAGGAAGGCGAACGACGGGUUGCCCUCAUGCGACAGCAGCAGCAAGUUCAAGGCGACAUGGAGAAAUUCGGCGCCACAGCCAUCGCAACCGGACCUCCUGGUAGCGCCGGCAAAUCCAAGUCACGCGGCUCUCAUACUCGCGAGUUCCCCUGGCUGUCGGCGUCGCCUAAGGCUCCGCCCGCCGUGUUGGAUUCGCCGUCCGCGCGGUGGGAGGGAGGGGGUGGCGCGGAGGAACGCGUGGGGUACGGCGCAUGGCGGAAACGGGGGACGGAGGCGGUGGCGGUAAGAAGCGGAGACGCGCUACCCGGGGAGCAUUUCGAGGCGCGCAGGCUUCAAUUCUCCGACGAUGCGGCGGCGGCGGCUUCGGGGGUUGGGCUGCUGGGAGAUCUUGGAGAUCUCGAGGCUUCUAAGGACGGCUCGCCUACUAAGAGGGCGAGGGCUGGUCUAACCAGUCCGCUAGCCGCCUCCGCGACUGGUGAAGCAGCUGCGGCGGCGGCGGCUGUAACGGCGGCGGCGGCGGCUGUAACGGCGGCGGCGGCGGCGGUGUUCAGAGGUUAUCAGGCUCCGAGCUGCCACGUGGCGGACAAGCUACAGCAGCUGCGGUGUUUUGACAAUCGCGCGCAAGGGCGACAGGGAACUGCGGCGCUCGAUGCGGUGGAAGCCAUGCUCGUGCAUGCUCGCGCCGCGCUCGGUGCAGCGGCUGCGACGGGCGGCGCGGCAGGGACGAACAACACCAACUCGCUUCAAGGCGGCAUGCCGGGCACACCGCGGGCUGGCCGGCCGUUACCAUCUGUCGACGCAGACGAGUGCUUUGCCGGCCGUCUCGACGACGCGUUUCAGCGGCAGCAGCACCAGCAGACGGCCGCGGCGCUUUCUCACGGUAUGCUGAGACUCCUUUUUGACGACGGUACGCUGGCCGCUUCUGCUGCUGUUAACGCCAGAGCCAUGGCCGCCGCCGCCGCCGCCGCUGCCGCUGCUGCGACUGCGACUGCUGGGAGGGGAGGGCCUGGGGGAGGGUUAGGUCAGGUGAUGGUGGGGGGAAUGGGUCCCGCUUCUCCUGCGCUAAGUGAGUCAGGGCGCGGGGAUUACCGCGCCACACGGGCAGGCCUUUUUGGUAACCUCUAUGGUGGUUACAUUCAGUGA